AGAUCAAGAUCAGGGUUGACAAACAGGUUUAAUAUGGCCAGCUGCGAAGAAGGAUACACCCAUUUCCUGGGAAUUUGGGGACUUUGGCAUCUGAAAUGUGACAGGCUGCAAUAAGGAAGAUGCUUGUGAUGGUAAGCAACAGUAGAGCAGGUGUCCUUAAAGCCCCAGAGCAUUCUGGAUACAGAGGACUAUGGAUAUGUUUCCAACUGUGAUAGUGAAAGAAGACAUUUUUGAGAGAGGAAAGGUUCCAAGAUAAUGAGUUGGACCUAUGGGAUGAAUGAGCGAGAAGCCUAGUGGUGGUUUGAGGCUGUGCUAAAGGUGUGAAGACCUCAGGUUCACAGUAAGGGUAUGGCCAAACCUUUUUUUAGACCACAGAAGUUUCUUCGGAGGACCCAGUUCCUGCUUUUUUUCCUCACUGCAGCUUAUCUGAUGGCUGGUAGCCUUCUGCUACUACAGCGGUCCCGCUUGGUCCUCCAGCAAGGUUUCCGUGGGGCCUCUGCCAACCAGGCCCUGCCAGUUGGGGAUACUUUGGUAGGCAUGGGGAAUGCAGAUCCCAGACCAGUGCAAAACACUCAUUUGACUCCUAAACGUCUAAUGAAAACGGAUAUGUUCCAUGGACCAACACAAGACCAGAAGUAUGUGCCACGGUGGCUGAUGUCCAGAAACUCUGAACUGAGGCAGUUACGAAGGAGAUGGUUUCUCCAGUUUGUAAAUGAGCAAGAGCCGAUGCAAGCUGUAGGGGCAAAGUGGCUGAAACGCAGAUCUGACAGCAAAGGCAUUUACAUUGGAUGCUUUGGUGAUGAUUCCAGAGAGAGAACUCUGAAAGGUGCUGUGUUUUAUGACUUGAGGAAAAUGACAAUUUCUCACUGCCAGGAGGCUUGUGCUGAAAGGGCUUAUACCUAUGCUGGCUUAGAAUAUGGAUCAGAAUGCUAUUGUGGAAAUUCAUUACCCACGACUGUGGCAAAGCAGGAGGAGUGUAACAAUGAAUGCAAAGGAGAGAAAGGAACCAUUUGCGGAGGUAUCAACAGGCUUUCUGUUUAUCAUCUGGAGGAGGAGCCAUGGGCCGGACCAAAACGACGGCAAAGUAUUGUCUAUCGAGGAUGUUUUAGAGCACCAGAAAAUGUAACAAACACCCUGCUGGCCUCUUUGAUGCACGCCAAUUUGACAGUGGAGAUGUGCUCUGAAUUUUGCUCCAAGAAAGAAUUCCCUUUGGCAGUUAUCAGAGGACCUCAGUGCCACUGUGGCUUCCCCACAACUCAUUUCCCAUUAACCAACAGCUCAGACAGGUCAUUCUGUAGCAGGCUGCAAAAUGUCAGCAGCAUGGUUGAAGUGCCAAGCAAGGAGGACUAUCGCUUUGUCUAUCAAACGCCUGUCCAAGAUACCCGUUGCACUGACCGGAAGUUCCUCCCCACCAAAUCCAAAGCCUUUGUUGCAUUGUCAAGUUUCCCUGGAGCUGGAAACACCUGGGCUCGCCAUUUAAUCGAACAUGCUACAGGGUUUUACACUGGGAGCUACUACUUUGAUGGCACCCUCUAUAAUAAAGGUUUUAAGGGAGAAAAGGAUCACUGGAGAAGCCGGAGAACUAUUUGUGUCAAAACUCAUGAGAGUGGUAAGAAAGAAAUUGAUUUGUUUGACUCUGCCAUCUUAUUGAUACGGAAUCCAUACAAGUCACUGGUGGCAGAAUUCAACCGGAAGUGCGCUGGCCAUCUCGGCUAUGCUACAGAUCAGAACUGGAAAAGCAAAGAGUGGCCAGAUUUUGUAAACAGCUAUGCUUCCUGGUGGGCUUCCCAUGUGCUGGACUGGCUCAAAUAUGGGAAACGACUCCUUGUCAUUCACUACGAAGACUUAAAACAGAGCCUGCUCCCCACGCUGAAAAAAAUGGUCAGAUUUCUGAACAUCACAGUGACGGAGGACCGCUUACUCUGUGUCGAAAACAACCGAGAUGGGAAUUUCAAGCGGUCAGGAGGCAAGCAGAAGGGAUUUGACCCAUUCACAGAGGAAAUGAAAAACUUGAUCAACAAACACAUUGUUAUGGUGGACAAAGCCCUAAGAGAGAGAAACUUUACCAGGCUUCCAAAAGAGUAUUUGCCCAGAUGAUAUCCUUGGACCAGCUAGCUACAUGUUUUUAACUAAAAAAAAAAUCAAAUAAUGAUUUUUUGUAAAGGCCAGAAUUUUAUAGCAGUAAAAAUAAAAAAAAGAGAGAAGAUUUGGACAGCCUGCUGAUGAAUGCAAAUUCCCGAGACUGGGACACUCUUAGUGUUAUGAACGGCAGGCAAAGAAGGGUGGAAAUUGGGUUAUAAAUCAAGACAAAAGGCGCUAGCC